AUGCACUUCACCCCGUCUUUUGCUGUCCUCGCCGCCGCGCUCUUCUCGAGCCAGGCCCUCGCCCGCACCUUCACCAUCCACAACAAUUGCCCGUUUACUAUUUGGCCUGCGGUUUACACGGGGAACACAGCCAAUGGCGUGCCUGGUGGUGACGCUGCUCAGGGAGGCUGGGAGCUGGCCUCGCAGGGAACGAGCCAGAUCCCGGUCCCUGACGCGUGGACGGCCGGAAGGUUCUGGGCCCGCACUGAGUGCGACUUCUCCAAGCAGGACGUCCAGUCGUGCGCUACCGGUAGCUGCAUCGGUGGUCUCCACUGCACCCAGCCCGGUAUUCCCCCCGUGACCCUUGCCGAGUUCACGCUGGCCUCGAACGUCGACAACUACGACUCGAGCCUCGUCGACGGCUCCAACCUCCCCAUCUCCAUCACGGCCAACGGUUGCCCCACGGCUAACUGCCCCUUCGACCUCAACAGCCAGUGCCCCGGCGACCUUCAGCUUAAGGACGCUGGUGGCGCCGUCGUCGGCUGCAAGUCGAGCUGCCUGGCUACUGGUCGCGAUGACUACUGCUGUGCUGGUGCCCACAACACCCCGGCUACGUGCCCCUCUUCGAACAUCCCGUCGUACAACUACUUCAAGAGCCACUGCCCCAACAGCUACGCCUACGCCUACGACGAGAGCAGCGGCACGGCUCUCUGGACCUGCUCGUCGGGCUCGCGCGACUACACGAUCACGUUCUGCCCCUAA